CUCGUGUCUCCUGCCCACCCUACAUCCUCGGGAGGCACUCGGGAACUGCCCUCGCAGCUGGACCUUCCCCACCCUCGCCAUGAAGGGCCCCCUCCUCGGAGUUAUGUUCUCCCGGCAUGUCAAGCGACACCCCGGACUCAUUCCCCUCAUUGGCUUCAUCAGUGUUGGCAUGGGCAGUGCAGUCCUGUACCUGCUGAGGUUGGCGUUGUACAGUCCGGACGUCAGCUGGGAUCGAAAAAAUAAUCCUGAGCCCUGGAAUAAGCUAAGCCCCACGGACCAGUAUAAAUUUCUGGCAGUUUCCACUGACUACAAGAGCCUCAAGAAGGACCGUCCCAGUUUCUGAGCUGCCCUGGGGAUGUGCUGCCGUGCUGGGGCAGGGGAGAGCUCGCCCACCCCCAGCAGCCCUCUUGGCUCCUGCCUGCCACACGGCAGGUCACUGCGCACACAGGUCUCUGCUUCCCCUGUACCCCACAAGACGUGGGGCUGCACCCCCUGCGACAAACUCCAUCGCUCCAGGAGCAAGGUGACCACUGUUGCCAGCGCCCUGCGCCCUCCCGCUCUGGUACCCCACUCGGCAUCGCAUCUCGCCCUGCAUUAAACUCAUAGGACACUAAUAAGUCAUCAGAGCU